UCCUGCAAAGGAGAGCUCUCGAGGUCGAAUUCAGGAUUUGGAGCAUUUCAGCGUGAAAGAGGGCAAAAAUGCCUUCAGAUUAUGAAAAGGACGCAUACCCGAAGCCUCCACUGCAGACUCCGGUCGUAGAAAAAAAGACAUCCCUUCCGAAUCCGGCUGAUAUUCUCAGCAAACUGUUCUAUUACUCGGUGGACUUGCCCGUCACCACAUUUAGAGGAGCCAUCGACAGCCUUCAAAGUAAAAAGAAGCUGGUCUACUACCACCAGAAGUUCCGGCGUGUUCCGUACCUGACGGAGUGUGUGGAGGGCGACUAUGUCUGCUACUACGAGGCGGAGAUGCAGUGGAGGAGAGACCACCUUGUGAACCAGGAGAUCUUGAAGAUUGUCCAGGAGAGACUGCAAGCCUGCCACUAUAGAGAGGGUGAAAGCUAUGAGCAGAACUGUGCUAAAGAGUUGAAGCUCUUUGAAGAAGUGGCGAAGAACUUCAACACAUGCUAUGGAGACCUUGGUGCCCAAGCCACUGCGAGGAAAUGCCUCAUGAAGCAGAAACAAAGGAUGAUGGAGGCCCAAUCACAGAGUGCUUAAGAUACUAAGUCCUAUGUAAUAAUUGUAAAAUAAAAUGUGUUUAGUCAGUUUCA